GACGUAGCAAUAAGGAGAAAAUAGAAUAUUGAGGCCAAGAAGUUUAUCUAUUUCGGAUGUGGAUUACUUACUAGAUUCGAGAUUUAUUUAUUAAGUAAAUAUCUGGGUUGAACGGAGUGGAAUAUCUACCCUGAACUUAACAUCCAAGGAAAUGUUUAAUUUGUGCUGAUAUAUUUGUUUAUUCGCCUCUGGAACAGAUUUCUGUGACAUUAUUGACUUUCUCAGACUCAGUCAAUUAAAUUCACUCUCAACUUUGCAGGGCCAUGAGCCUCACUAAAAAGGGGCCCGAACCAGGUGGUGGCCCCUUGACCAAGAAGAUCCCCCCGCAGGACUUUCGGAGUAACGGCGGUGGCCACUACCCCCUGUCGUACCACGCGGAGCCCCCCGACGAUGAGAACAUGAAUGAGAUCGUGGAGGAGGACGUAGAAGUUUUCGUCCAUCUGCCCGACGGGGGACAUAAAAAGGUCGCCGUCAACUCAAACAUCCCCAUGAUGGAUCUGUUAGUGAACUUGGCCGCGGGGAGCCGCCUCAACCCCGGGGGUCACACCUUACAGGUGCUAAACGAGGACACGGGAAAAUUAAAACAAUACAAACCUAAUCAGACCAUAGGGUCUCUGUGUACACGAGGGGAGGAUCACAAGUUUCAAUAUGUCACCGUGCAAAUUGUCCCCAAGAAAGAUUCUAAGAAAUCCGCCGGGAAUAACCGAAAUGUCCAGCCAUUCGAGAUGACCAAGAGGUUCACGGUGAACCUGCCUGGGGGUCAGAAGAAGGUCCUGAGGAUCAGCCCCCAGUCCACGCUUGAGCAGGUCCGAGCCCAGCUGUGUCAGGAGAGGCAGAUCAACCCCAGUCAACUCGUGUUCCAGCUCCCCAACAACCCCCGCCAACAGCUCGGCCUCCAGACAACGAUAGCGGAACUCCCCACCACCGAAGUCAACCUUAUUAGUGCUAAUGUUAUGCUCGAUGGUGCCAAAUCCAUGCCGGAUCUUUCCGUGGGGCGGAGUCAGUCCAUGAAGACAGAUGCCCCCGCCCCCUACAUGCCUAUGGCAGGGGAAGGAAAGAAAAAGAAAGGAUUCUUCUCCUUCCUGAAAAAGGACAAGAAAUUCACUGUUUCUAUGCAUGCUGAUCUGAACCAUGCAGGGAAAGCACCUCCUUCCUCGAAUUCGCAGAGAGAAGGAGGAAGUCCACCCACCACGAGGAGGAAGUUCGAGGCCGCGGAGCGCCCUAAAUCAAUGUUCGUGACAUCUUCCCCAGAUAUCGCUGUUAAUGGACCAAAAACAAUCCCAGCAUCCUCCAGUGAUGUUGACAUUCGGAAUCGUGCGGCCCCCUCUGUGCAGGUCAAACCUGAACCCACUGUGCAAGUAAAAUCGGCCCCAGCUCUUCAAUCUGUGAAGGACACCGCACAUGCUGGGCCCCCAGUUAAAUCGGGGAAGAAAAAACGUGCACCCCCACCCCCUCAGGUUAAAGCCCCUCCCCCUCAAACUAACGUAGUGACCACAGAAAUCGUGGUCGAAAAACAGACGAUGCCCUCACAGGCGGAAUCAAGGAUCCCAGAAAUCACAUCAUCCAAUCAACAAUUAGCUCAGAAAUUACAUUCCCGGAACAGUUCCGAUUCCAGUGGAUAUCACGAACUUACGCUUAGUGGGGCGGAAUCGCCCGACACGGCCAAAAUAGAGGAGAAUUUAGAACUUCAAUUGAACGCAGAUAUUACCUCAGGAGGGGGGCUUAAGAACAGUGGGGAUAGUGGGAUUAGGGACAUGUCCUCCCCCAGGCGGAAAGUGCGACCCGGUAUUGAAACCAUGGAUACGGGGUCAAGCCAAACACUGCCAUUGGAUAAAGUCGGGAAGAAGGAAGUUUCAAGGACAAGGUCAUUAGAACGACCCUCUGGUGCUAAGAAGAAGAAGGCCCCACCCCCACCUCCAGGUCAAGUUCCACCCUCCAUAACGACCUCCGUUUCUCAAAAGACAGCUAUCCCCAAACCCGCUCGGAAAUCCUCCGAUACUUCUACAACCCCUGCUGCUACCUCUUCCCCUCGACCCACCUCUCAGAAAAAGGAUGACACAGUAGCCAUCCAUGCAGUUUUGGACGACCUUGACAAUCACCUUGGCGAUGACCUUGAGGAGGAUCAAAUGAUGAUGGUGGAGAACAGAGACCUGACAGUGGAGGAAGUGGAUCAGCAACGGUCGCUCCGCCCAUGUGCCUUCGUAGCCCCGCCCCCUCCCGACGAACCGCCUCCGGAGGAUGGAGAAAUCGUACGUUACAGCGACAUCAUGGGGGUCAAGGUUGAUACCGUGGAUAUCGGCACAGAAACCAGUGACGAUAGUGCCUCUUUCGAUCAAGGAAGUCCAAAGAGUUCUCCUAAGUUUCAGUCAGGCAUCAGGCACACAAUGCAUAGUCGAGCGGAAAGUCGGACAAGCAUGACUUCUGUUACCACUAUCGAUGAAAUCAACAUGGGUUUUGAGAUGGCCAUCUUGGCAGGACAGGAAGCCAUGUUGGAAGAGUCCAGUGAGGAAGAUGAAGAGGAGUACAAGAAUGAAAUGGCUCACUUUGUUGAAAGAAUGAAUAAAGAGGUAAUCAACCAGAAAGUUCCGGAAUCAAUCCAGUCAGAACCGGAUUCAGAAUCCAGACAGAAGAUUUCAGUAGAGGAGGUGAAACUGGAUCUCCAGUCCUCAAGUGAUGAAGGUUCAGCAAAGCCCAGUCCGAGAGAAAAUAAAAACACUGCCCAAAGAGAACAGGAGGUGUCUGAAAUCACAUAUAGUUUUACUGUGGAUGCAGUUCCUCCUGAGUUUCAAGAGAAUGAAGAGGUCAAAGGUCAGAAGAAUGAAAAUGAGGAGGAAGAAGAGGAAGAGGAAUAUACAGAGACAAUAACUACAGAGGUUCUUCUUUACCCCCUUUCUUCAUCAGAUGGACCGGAGAGCCCAAGAAAGAUUCCAGAUUUGGAUUCCCCUAAAGAGCAUGCUAUGCCAGUUGUUCCUGUGGAGAAACCCAAAGAGACAGAAAAAGUGAAAGAGGAAAUUAAAGAAAAACCUCCAGUUCAGAAAGUAGACAUUGUGAAAAAAGUUCAGGAGACCAAAGUUGCAAAGACUGAAGAAAAACCCAAAGUGAAGCAAGAGAAAGAGGAGUUUGUGUUAACAUUUGACGAUUUACAAAAUGUGGAUUUCACGGGACCAAAGAAGAAAAAACCACAGACUCUGAAUCUGAAUGUAGAGACAAAGGCAAAGCCUGCAGAGGAGGUGAAAAGACGAUCAGGUAGAAAAUCCCCUGCUGUUGUGACUUCUCCUGUGUUGGUCUUGGAGGAACUUCGAUCUCGAUUCAAGUCCGACGGGGAUGAAAACGUCUUGAUCACCCCACUCAAGGAGAGUCGCAAUGGAAGUAUUAAGGAUAGGUGUAAUGAACUGAGUUUCACUCCCAGCUCUGAAGGAGAGCAGGAACAUGUGAUGGAGGAGAAAUCCAUCUCAUUCAUGAACUUCUCUGUUGUGAGGUCUUCUGACCAAGUCCCCAAAAAGGAGGAAAAAAUUGUGAUUGAGAAACUCGAUCUUUCGAAAGAUGUGACUGAUGGUGUUUCAGGACCAGUGAAUAGUGAUAUUAAUGAAGACAGUGUGAAUAACAAUGAAUCUGCUCCGAAUUCGGCUCGAGAUAGUGUGAGUAGUAAGUCUUCUCAAAAUUCAGCUCGAGAUAGUCUGAACAACAAUGACUCUGCUCCAAAUUCCGCUCGAGACAGUGUAGCCAGUAUAGAACAAGAAAUAGACCCACUAGGACAAAUGCAACAGCAAUUCCAAAUUUGGCAAACUCAGUUGGAACAAAAUCAAAACCUUCUGGCAUCCCAACCCGUUCCAACAGACGAAAACUCACUACAACUCCAAAACCAGCUGAAGAGCCAAAUUGAGAUUCAGAAACAAAUGCUUGCUCAAAUGCAGAAAAGCAUGGAGACACUAGCCGCUCAAGCUCAAACUAAGCCAACUGAUUCUCCCAGAAACAGUAUUGAUAAGACAGAAGUGUCUAGCAGACAGGAUACGAUUCCUAGCCCCCCAGUAAUGCCUCAGAUGAGGAUGAAAUCAGAUUCUCUGGACAAGGAGAAGAAGUCCAAGAGGAAAAGCAGCAAGAGGUUCGAACCCAAGCUGGACCCGCGGGAAGAGCUGAUGCUGCAGAUUAGGAAUUUCCAAGGAAGAGGGGGACUUAAAAAGGUUCCAGUAAAGAAAACAAAAUGGGUGUCUGGUCCAGGUGUGAAUGAGUAACCAUAGAUACUGAGGUCAUAACCAUAGCAACAGGGACAGCCAAUCAAGAGCGGAUUCUUGAAUGCAUCCGUCUGCUUCACGCCAAAAUAUAACCUGAGUAGACACAGGGUGGAGCAGAAUGCGGAGAGGGUUCAACUGUAAGGGUCAAAGGUUAAAGGUCUUUGAACCAGAAAGUGAGGCAACGUGAUAAACAGAGCCAGAGUUGCUAGAAAUGAAUUAUAUUUGUGAUAGUAUUUUGUACUACAAAAAGGUUAACAUGAAUAAUGAUGCAUAUUUAUAUAAUAAUCAGUUUGUAGCAGUCUUCCAAAGAAAUUUGAUCAAGAUUAUACAUUUAAUGAAAUGUACAAUAACAUUAGUAAAUUCAUACAAUUUUCAUCUCCAAUUUAUUCAUUAAUUUUAGGUUUGAAGUUUAAAGCAAUUAAUAUAUUGAUUUACUUUGUAUACAAUGUGUUUUGGGUAUGCAUAUCCCCAAAGAUGAACAAAUCAAAGAAAAUAAUUUUUUAUAGCCUUUUAAUUUUAUAUCUUUCAAGAAGUUUAAUCACCAAAACAAAAUGGUUGCUUUUGGUGUAUUAUUUCACCUUACAGCAAAGAGAGAUAAUAUUUUUGUCAAUAAGUAUGAAUUUUCAAAUAUGUACCAAUAGAUUUCAUAUGGUAUAAAUUUUAUCUCUGUUUCUGUUAACAAACAUGGUCAUUAUUGAGAACAAAGAAGUUCAUUUAAUUAAGAAGUUUCUUAAUGAUAUUGACCAAGAGAUAUAUUUUUAUAAUCUUUGAAGAAUAAAUAUUAUGUUUUAAUGAUAAUCAGCCUCCCCCCUUUUUUUCAAAACCUACUUGUAGCAAAGAUAAUCUUAGUGAAGAUUACAUAGGUCCAAAUGUAUGGCAUUUCUCUUGUAUAUAAAAAAAUAUUCCAGGAUUCUGUAAUAUAUUUUGUUUACUUUACUGUAGAUAGAAUUCUUCAUGUUGCAUUUGCUAUAUUCAAAUGUUUCAAACAAAGUGCAAUUCCAUUUGACCUGUUUUCAUCUUUGACAGUUCAAACAUAAUUAUUUGUUUUUUUAGUAUGUUAAUUGUUUUAGAUGUGCAUAUGUACAAUAUAUAUAAAAGAGUGUUCAUAGAUCAAAAAAAUUGUAUAUAUUAAUUAGAUUAAUUACAAAGGUAAAUCAAUUAUGCCAGUAUCUCUAAUAUUUUUUUUAAUUGAAAAUCCGAAUACUAAAUAUGGGUUUUCACAAUUCAUAGAUAGAUGGCUCUGUUGAAUAUUAUUUGUACAAAAAUAUGUAUUUAUUUUAAUCUGUGAUGUAGAAGAAAAAAAAUAUUUGGGGCAUGUUCAAACAAUAAUCAGAUAUUACUUGACAAUGUACAUGUAUAUAUAUUUUGAUCUAAAACUUGUAUAUGCUGUGAGAUUUUGGAUAAAAAGUUUUAUGAUAUAUUUUUGAUAUAAGUGGAGUAUUAAUGAAAUCAACUAAUUUUGAAAAAAAAUCCAUAAAUUUAUAUUCUGAUUCAGAAGAUGCAUUAAAAUGCUAAGUUCGGGUUUUUAAACAUUUUAAAGCUGGGGCUGUUGGGAUUUUAUGAGAAUUGAAUUAUGGGUAAAUUGAAAAUUUGACACAAUCUUUAACAUUAACCUAUUCCAUAUCCAUUCAGCAUACACUAAUGCCAAUGUAUAAUCACUUGUCUAUAUUAUUUUUUUAUUUGUAUAUUAUUAUCAAUUGCAUACACAAUAUAUUAUAUAUUAAAGGCUUUGUGAAAAACAGAGUCAAUAAAAGGAGAAAUUUUAAAAAAAGA